AUGGCUCCAGGCCCCAGUCAAAUUCUGAGUGGACAGCAACCAAAUCCAAACCUCCAAGUAAAUCGGCGCGGUCCCAACAGUAAGCGCACACGCGAUGGACAGCCUAUUGCGCCGAAUAUUGCCAUGACACCCAAUGUUGCGCCUUCUCUGACGUCUCAUCUCCUAAGCAUCUGCUCGGGCCCAUUUGCGCAAGCAACACAGCGACCGUUCCUAUCGCAUGCCGGGUGUGGAUCGCUAGGAGCAGGACCGCUGUCGCAAUGGCUGGUACAAGACGGACACUAUGCGCGAGGCUACAUUCGCUUCAUAGGACAGCUUUUGGCCAAGAUAAGACUGCCGCAGACGCAGAACUCGCAGUUCCAUCCCAUGUAUCGCACCAUGGAUCUCCUCAUCUCCGCGCUGAACAACAUGCGAAGAGAGAUGCAGUUCUUCGAGAUCACCGCGACCAAGUAUGGGCUUGCGCUGGGCAUGGAACCGCCUACGCCUAUUACGCGCGCCAUGCUUGAUCUUCUCUGCUAUCGCUCCGCAUGGCAAUAUGCCGCCUCCUUCUCCAAUACUCUCUCCAACACCUCCACUGACUCGCACAUCGUCGCCCUCCACCAAGCCCUAAUACCGAACUGGACCUCCCCGGCCUUCAGCAAAUUCGUCGAGGCGACACGCGCGCUCGUCGAUGAGCUAGCGAACAUCACAACUACACGCGAUGGCAAAGAGGAAAUGUCGCGCUGCGAAGAGAUCUUCCGACAAAUGUGUUGGCUAGAAGAGCGCUUCUGGCCCGAUGUCGACAACAUGGGUGAUAACAACGAGAGCAUGAGAAUGGGUCCACCGAUGGGCGGCCCCAUGAGCGCAGGCCUGGAGAACAGCAUGCAUAACAACAUGCCCAACGGCCUUCCCGUCGCAAUCAACGGAAACGGGGUCCACAACCACAAUCGGAAUAACAGCAUGCCAGGCCCUAGCAUGAACAACAACGGCGUACCUAAAAACAUCCACGGCAACCCCGUAAACGGCCGAAAUAGCAUGAGCGGUCCCGUUCGUAACGCGAGCAUCAACGGCCCUAUCAAUGCGGCUAUCAAUAAGCACGACGGCACACCCGUCAGCGAUAAUCGGAAUCCCUUUGGUAUGCCCAACAGAGGCGGUAUGGACAAUGUUGGCCAAGGCUCAUAG